CUGUAUGUACACACACACAGCAGACAUGAGCGUCGCUCCUCCCACGUAGUUUAGGAGGGGAGGGAGGGAGGAGGGAAAAGUGUCAGCGGGUGAAACGAAGCAGCAGAAAGCGACCAGUUGUCUCCGAGCCCGGACUGUGCAAGGCUGCAGCUUGAAGCCGACUCGCUGUGUGUGUGUAUGUUUAAGAGCAGCACCCUGUGCCCCAGAGGUGAAGGAUGUUUGACUCGGUGAAGCCUUACGCCAACCAGGAGUUCUACGCCCUGAAGAAGGAAUGCCAGAAACGCAACCAACUCUUCGAGGACCCCCAGUUCCUCGCCAGUGAGGAGUCCUUGUUCUGCACGACUGCAUUGUUGUCCAACGUCCACUGGAAGCGCCCACCGGAGAUCUGCAAUGGCCCUCACCUCUUUGUAGAUGGCAUGAGUGCCCAUGACCUGAACCAGGGCCAGCUGGGCAACUGUUGGUUCGUGGCCGCCUGCUCCUGUUUGGCCUCCAGGGACAAUCUGUGGCAAACGGUGAUCCCAAACUGGAAGGAGCAGGAAUGGGCGGUGGACAAGCCCAACAACUACGCCGGCAUUUUCCACUUCCGUUUCUGGCGCUUUGGGGAGUGGGCGGACGUGGUGAUCGAUGAUCGCCUUCCCACGGUCAACGGCCAACUAGUCUACUGCCACUCCAACUCCAAGAACGAGUUCUGGAGCGCCCUGGUGGAGAAGGCCUAUGCCAAACUGGCCGGCUGCUACGAGUCGCUGGACGGUGGCAACACGGCCGAUGCGCUGGUGGACUUUACCGGCGGCGUGUCCGAGCCCGUCGACCUGACCAUAGGCAACCUGGCCACGGUGGAGGAGCAGAGACUCCAGUUCUUUGACAAACUCUUCAAGGUCCACAGCCGGGAGGGGCUGAUCAGCUGCUCGAUCAGGGUUGAGUCGCCUGCCGAGAUGGAGAUCCGCUUAAACAGCGGCUUGGUGAAGGGUCACGCCUACGCGGUGACGGACGUGCGCAAGGUGCGCCUUGGACACGGACUCCUCGCCUACUUCAAGGCCGACAAACUCUUCAUGAUCAGAAUGAGGAACCCGUGGGGUCAGAAGGAAUGGACCGGCCCCUGGAGCGACAGCUCGGAGGAGUGGAAGCAAGUCAGCAAAGGCGAGCGGGAAUCGAUGGGGAUGACGGUGCGGGAUGACGGGGAGUUCUGGAUGUCCUUCGACGACUUCUGCAAGAACUUCACGGACCUGGUGGUGUGCCGUGUCAUGAACACCUCCUUCUUCAGCUUCCACAAGACGUGGGAGGAGGCCAGGGUGAAGGGGGCGUGGGUCCGGCACGAAGACCCGCUCCAAAACCGGGCCGGCGGCUGCAUCAACAACCGCGACUCCUUCCUGCAGAACCCCCAGUAUGUGUUUGACGUGAAGAAGGACAUGGAUGAGGUGCUGAUGUGCCUGCAGCAGAAGGACGUGCGUUACUCUCGGCAGCAGGGCCGUGGCGAGAAGCUGUCCAUGGGCUUCGAGGUGUACAGGGUGGAGUUGAACCGUGACUAUAGGAUGCACACCAUCCAGGAGAAGGUGGCCAGCUCCGUCUACAUCAACUCCAAGACCAUCUUCCUCCGCCAGGAGCUGCCCCAGGGCCGUUACGCCAUCAUCCCCACCACCUUCGAGCCCGGCAUCACUGGAGAAUUCCUGCUCCGGAUCUUCACCGACGUGCCGUCCGGCUUCAGGGAGCUGACGUUGAACGAGCCACCUCGUACGUGCUGGUCUGGGAUGUGUGGUCAUCCCCAAGUGGUCACCCAGGUUCAUGUUGUCGCUGCCAACGGUCUGGCUGCCCAGGACGGCACCACAGGAGCUGAUCCCUAUGUGAUUAUCCGGUGCGGGAGACAGAAGGUUAAGUCUCACAUUCACAAGAACACCUUGAACCCAGAGUUCAACGUGAAGGGAAUCUUCUACAGGGACAAUGCCAAGUCUGCCAUCCACAUCGAGAUCUGGAACAGCAACGUGUUUAAAGACCAGUUCCUGGGCCAGGUGACGAUCCUGGCCGACCCUGGUGACCUCCAGCCCCAUCACACCCUCCACCUGAGGGACAAGGGCAACAGGCAGGACAACGACCUCCCUGGGACCAUCAACGUCAAUGUCAGCAGCAGCAACGAACUGGCCAGCAUCUAA